AUGCGCCACUUCGAUGCCUGGAUCCUCCGUGAUCCUUAUUCCAUCUGGCAUUACUAUCCAACCGGCCAUCGCUGGCGCGACACCAUCCGCGAAUUAAUUCAAUCCCGUGCAAUCUGCUCUCCAGAGAAUCCCCUCCACCCACCUAUAAACUGGAACUUGAAUCCGUCAAGUCAAUCCCAAUCCCAGUCCCAAUCCCAAUUCCAAUUCCAAUCUCAACAAUCCCCCUCCUCCGUCUCCCCCAGAACUCCGCCAAAUAAUCUGGUCCUACGUCCUCACCAACUCCCCAACUCCAAACACCCAACCCCCCAAACCAUCCAUUUAGCAAAAUCCGCCAUGUCCGCUGUCCAACCCCAGCCCAUCCAACACCCCCCAAUCCACCCAAUUGACCCAAACCACCCAAACCACCCAAACCCCUCCUUAACCCAAAACCGCCACUGCUGCCCCACAACCCCAGCCCGCUGGCGCAUCUACGACGGCCGAGUCCCAGGCCACAGCGACAGACUCCUCUACCCACACACGCACUCCCAUCUCCCAUCAACCCUAAGUAACAGCAACACGUCCCUCCUCCGCGUCUGCCGCGCAAUCUAUUUCGAAGCAGAGACAAUCCUGUACAAAUCCUCGCAUUUCGACGUCGAUGAUCUAUACACUUUCAUCGCUUUCGCGGCGUCGUUGUCGCCCGCUGCACGGAAUGCCCUUUCUAGAUUGACCGUUCAAUGGAUGCCUAUCUGGGUGCCUAUGGCUGGGCUCGAUCAUAGCGGUUCCAUCUAUGCGCAUACCCAUAGUGAUGUCUUGUGGCUUCGCUUUUGGGAGGUUGUUGCUUCCUUGCGGGGAUUACGUGUGUUAGGGUUGAGUUUGGAUCUUGGGAGGUUUACCAGUGUGCUUGGGAAUACGGGUGAGGCUGUUGUUUCGGGACAGAGGAUUCCGUUUGGUAUUGAGGAAGCGUGGGUGAGGCCGAUUCUUGCGGUUAGGGGGUUGGAGGGGUUUGAUUUGGCGGUUACGGCUAGGUGUGAUUUGCUUGCUAAGGGGGUUGUUGAGGGGGAGUUGGUGAGAGAUGUUGGGCUUUUGAGGGAGGAGUUGAGGGGGAUAUUGUGUGGACCGAGGGAAUGUGGGAUUGGAAUGGUGAAGGGGAUGGAUUUGGAGGAGAGGGAGAGGAGGGGAAUUAGAUUGGCCAUUACUGCGGAUUGA